UCGCGUAUCCUGAACCAGUCUGGUCGUUCGGAAUCCAGUGUACGAUUAGUCGUUGGUUUAGUGCUGUUUUUUUUCUGGAUAAUCUCUGCUCAUCCACGUGUACUGCGUAAUGUAGCUUUCUAGCAGGAUGAUUUCCAACGAGUGUUGCGAGCUUUAGGUGCCAAAUAUUGAAGGAGUACCAGGUUACCGAACCAUAAGCAAUUGAUAAAAUAUAUAUAUCGUAUGAUUGCGUGCUGUUUUGUAUGUAUUUGCUUGCUAGUGAAAACAGGGAAGGGAAGUUGUCUUGAUUUUUUCCAAGUGCGGUAGCUAUUCGAAGCCGGUGUGGGAGGACAAGCGGCUGAAGCAGAUGAUAUGUGUCACUGGCGGUUGUAACCGCGUCAACCAAAGUGAGCCAAGUGUGUGUGUGUGCAUGUGUGAGUGUGUAAGUGUUUCCUAGUGGCCUAUCAGUACGCAACAGGAGAAAUUUUGUGCGUAAUGAUAAGGCGCUGUCAAGUGGAAAAUUGAUCCAGAAUGAUAUGGUGGAAAACUGGCAUCGCCGGUAUGUCCAUUGGUGAAUGAGGAACUAGGAAACCGUGCUGAAUUGAUCAUACUAUUGCAAUCCUCAAGCAUUUUGACGGGGUGGUUUAUUCCUUUGUAAAUAACUAAACUCUUUGGAGAAAUCAUCGAUUUCGAAUAACACUCGUCCGUCGUCGUCGUCCCUGAGCCAGCGAUGGAAUCAGAAGUGGCAUCAACAACAACAACAACAACUUGGCGACCGCAAAACAACAAUAACUAUUGGAGACAUCCUGCAAGAUAUGCAAUCCGUUAAACACGAAAUGAUUCAAGUGCUACUAAUUUGCAUUAUCGUCAUCCUGUGACCUCACAAGCUGACAACUUUUCCGGAAGUUAAGAGAAAUUGUGUGUCACGGCACGGCAUGAGUGCUAUGCUUAUUGUGUUGCAUAUAUUUCGGGAAUAGAAUCUGAGUCGUUCCUGUGCGGUGUGCCGUUGUGAAAAGGUGAAUUUUGUGGAAUGACACGAAAAAGCAAACAAUUAUGACAUCUUUCGGUAUUCACAUUCAAGAGAAGAGCGGAAGAAAAUUAGUAUGCCGUAAGAAAAAUGCAUCGUUUUCGGUUAAGUGAAACCAUCGGUUCCCGAAGUGGGGUCUGGAGUUAAUUAGCCAGUCGGGCGUUCGAUCCGGUGAUACGCGAUCUGAACAGAUUAAUUCCCUUUUCCCCGAAUCAAUUUGUGUUCUCCGGUAAAUAGACAACAACGGAAAGGUGAAUUCCCUGGGCGCUUGUGUGCGUGGCAGUAGCGGUGCCUCAUCGUCAUCAUUGCCGUCGACGUCUUCGGUUCCACGCCCUACCGGCGGUGGCGGCGGGGGAACCAUCGGUGCUACCCACGCUGACACUUGUGCUACCGGUGCCGCCGCCGCUGCUGCUACUGCUGCUGCUGCCACUUCCAACAUGGAUGACAUCCCACCGCUACCUCCACGCAAAAGCUCCCUCAGCAUCGAUCGGGCGGCGUUCCUGCUGCUACGGGUCAAAAAGGCCUUCAAAAAGAAACGUCAACAGCGGAAGGAUAAAUUAACCCUUCACAACAUCCACGAACCGGUCGGCGGGGCUCGGCCGCUGUACGGAUCCCGUCCCAUCGAAAAAAGAGCAAAACUUUCCCGUUCACUGACACUUCCGAUCUUCAAUUUUGGCGGCACUAGUGCAUUCGUCGAUCGACUGCAGCAGCAAACCCAACCGCUGGAGUCUUUCAAAACGUCAUCCAAUAACUUCCUGUACGAGUCCAAGAUCACCAACGUUAGCACACCAAUUAGUGGGAACAGCCCUAAAAUCCUGCUGACCACCACUGAUGAUACCUCGUUUGAUUACCGAAGAAAAUCAUCCGGAGGAAGCGGCCUGUUUACGCCCCUACCACCCUCUGUAGCUCCAGCCGAUCCGCACAUCUACGAUUUCGACGAAAAGCGUUCCAGCGCCGAUGGGUCGGUUGUGAUAAGCAUCACGUCUCCCACCGCAUACCAAAUUCCGAUGUCGAAAUCCUUUGGACUCACUUCGUUCAACUUCGUCAAUCUACAGAAUGCAGCGAAUUCAGCAACAACUGCCUACAGUACCGGAAACAACUACGUGGGUUCCGGUAGAAAUAACAAUUUUAUUGGAAGUGGGAACGUAGCACCUAGUGAUUUAGGCGGCAGUAGCAUGAAACGAAGCAGUGACACGACUGCCUACGGUUCUGCUGUUUCCGCACAGCUUAUUAACAGUAGCACCAACAACGCCAUCUACCGGCUCGCUAGGAUCAUUAAUCAAACAACGAAAGCCACCGGACCGUGUGGGUUUACACUGCCGGCACCGGGCCUGGACACCACUCAUCACCAGCAGGUCAACGAUGACUCGGCCCGUAGGUUGUCAUGGGAAAGGCGCGACAAGGAUUGUAAACCGAUCCCUCGCUCGUCCAGUAUCGAUUCGAUGGUGGACGUCGUGUGGAAUGAAUUCCCAAGCUCCGGUUCGAGCUCGGCUCGCAACUCGAUGUCCAAUCAAUCAUCGAAUCUGUUGUCCAAUGUUCCUUCCAAUUUGAACCUUUUCCUUAGCUCGAAUCGGCGCGAAAGUGUUCUCAGCCCGUCGUCCAACCGUCGGUCAAAGCAUCAGAGGGGAAUAUCCGAAAUCAGUCUACCGGACCUGGUGAGUCGUUCGCUGUCGACCGUAGGGCUUCCGCCGUGUCCAACCGUGAAACGUUGCGAUGAACGAUUUCCGGUAGAACCGAACCAAGCUUCCACUGUAUCCGCGGAUGCAGGCACAAUCGAAAGCACCUACCCACCAGUUUCAUCGCCUACUCCGUCAAUCCUAUCGGUUCCGGCAGUUCUUACGGUGGAGGAUGAACGUACCCGGAAUUUAAGCCGAAUGACCAGCGCCAGCUCACCGAAUCUCAGUUCGGUUCAAACGAAAAAGAUGGAAUUUCUCCUUCCACACCAACAGCAUCCGCCGGGAUCGCAACCGGCCGUGCCUCCCAGCAAACGCCAAGUUUCACCGAAAAUCAUCAAAAAAACACGUCACCUCUCGACGAGUUCCGUCGAUGACGAAAGCGGUGCCACGCACAGCCCUAAGCCCAAUAACCACCGCAUCGGCAGUCUCAUCGAGACGAACAACAACAACAACAACAACAACAAUCAUAACGUUUCGAAUGGUAGCGGCAUCGGCGGAAGUGACGGUGGAAUCGAUGUGUUGGCAACGACCGGAAAGAUAUCCAGCGACCGGAGCGCUUCGGCCGGCGCACAUCAUCCCUACUGGAAGCGGAAAAUCACCAAAAAACAGCCCAAAAUGGCACAAGCCCAGCUCGAUAGGAUGACACAGAUCAAUAUUCACUUGCAUGCUCUGUUCGCAGCGGUUGAACAUGGGCACCUGGAGAAGGCCCGGACAAUUCUCGAGAGCACCGAUGUGGACGUCAACAGUUUGAAAAGUGAUGGCCUGUCCCCCCUGGACGUUGCAGUUCUGAGUAAUAAUCGUUCGAUGACGAAGAUGCUGCUGCAGCAGGGGGCCAUCGAGAAUGCACACACCAUUCAAGCGGCCAACAACAACGUCGGGCUGCAUCUGAACAAUCUGCUCUGCGAAGCGGAAUCCACCAUCCACGAGCUGGGGAACUUCGAAUCAGGUCAGCCCGGACAGGGCAGCGGUGGAAUCGGUGGAACCAGUGGCAAGACGACCUUCUCCAAUAUUAUCGGAAGUGGCGGUCCAUCGGUAACCAGCUGUACCGGAAGCGACGUCGAUAAGCAGGUUGGUCUCUGGGAGCGUCGCGUCAAGGGUCUCCGACGGAUGAUACUGGGCUGGGACCAAACCAAACCACCCGACCUACCUCAUCGCAUAGAAAUUGACGUUACCGGAUGCACCUCGAUCAGCCUAAGGUUGUACGAACCCCUCGAAGGUGCCAUAUCGACUAAGUUCAAAGUACAAUGGUCUUCACGGUCGGACUUCAGCAACAUUGUCGGCGAACGGGAAGUCAACGAGUGGACCAGCUUCCAUGGCUGCAUGGGUGCAAUGUGCAAUCUGAGUGAGUUAAUUCAGGGCCGGCGGUAUUUCUUCCGAGCUUGUGCCGGCAACAUCAAGGGAUGGGGACCGUUCAAGCAAUCGACACCGAACUGCGUGGUACCAUCCAGUUGGCGUGAUGUCGGAAGUCGUGAGAAUCGCUUUGCCGGUAAACAGCGCAACCUGGACGAUCUGUUCAAUGCGGUCCGGCUGGCCCGACCGGAGGAUGCUUCCGAGAUUGCACUCGAUGCAGCGAUUCCGGUCAAGCGAGCAAUCAAGAAGAAAACCACCAUCAAACAGCUUUUUUCGGCGGCAUCGAAAUUUCAAAAGAACCUCAAAAGGGGUAUCUACCUGGCGUGUGUGCUCUACCACGAGGACAAAUUGCUGUUAACCAACGAGGACUUUGUGCCGGUGAUAGAAAUCGAUGAAACAUUCACCAGCAAUUUGCACACGGACUUUUACUGGCUAAUGAAGGUCGCCUGCACUUGGGACGAUGUGAAGCUACUACGGUUGGACAUGGAACGGAACGCAUCCUCGGCGAUCCACUUCCGCACUAAACUGCUUUCGGCCGCCUGCCAGAUGCAGUCUGCUCUCUCUAUUACAGACCUAGGUCAAUUAUACUACAAACCGCUGCGUGAUGUGCACGGAACCGUAGUGCUGUCGUGUGUUAAUUGUAUAAAGAGCCCUAAAAGCGUAUCGGUAUUGAACUCCCGCUGGAUACCGCUGAACAAAAUCCACAAGAAGUUAGCCAUCUCCAACGAGGACAGCAGCAUUAACGAGCUGCUAAUGAAUUCCAUUCAGGAGCAAAUCAACUACCAUCAGGUAUCCAACAUACGGCUGCCGCGUGGUCUCUACGUUGGCUAUCUCAAGAUGCAGAGCUCGGUGGAGGUCAUCCAGGUGGUGGUGCCAAUCAAAGCACCGAACGUUCUACCGCACUGCAAGAUCCGAGACAAUCCGCACGUAUCGGCCGAAGAAUGGGAGCUCAUCCGCCAGCACAAACAUUCCAACAUCCUGGAGUUUCGUCCGAAGAGCCAAGGUCCGACUGAGGUACAGCUGCACUUCCUGGAGAUACUAACCAAGGCGAUGCACAAUCUGUUCCAGUACAUGGACAUUCCGGUGGAUGUGGCGGUUGUCCACCGUCUGUACGACAUCGAAGUAAUCGAACUGAACCACGACGUAAGUUUUCUGAUCGUUUGUCCACCGGCCGAAAGUAGCUGUGCUGUUCCGGGACAAAAGGAUGUUCUGCUGCAGCGUGGCGAUUUGUUUUCCAUGCCGAUUCAGGCAUUCGAAAUGAUCCAUUUGAAAACGUAUCAGCCGAGCAUUGUGCAGAAAUAUUCGCGAUUGUCCUGCAUUCUGGAGCUCGAUACCAUGAUGGCCAACCAUCUGCAUCGAGAAGCGUUCAGUUCGUCGGAACUGCAAAAGGCCAAAGAUCGACUAUCGAAGUUGCAGGACUUAUCUACUGGUUUGAACACCAUAUGGAAGGGUGUUAGGUGGUUAAUGGAUGUAAUCAGCUAUGCGAGAGAUCGAGCCAAUAUGCCGGAGCUAAAUAUGAAACAAAUUUUGGACUAUAAAAGUACAUACUUUGGAAAGAAGAUUUCAGCUGAUAAAAAAGUCGGUAGUGAGGCUAAGUUACUUCAACCGCCAGGUUGUCCACCAACAUUUCACAAGAGUAGCCCGGGACGGGGGUCAUGGCCGGGGCCGGCAGUAGAAAACUCCCUAGGCCAUAAUGGCCUCCUGGAUGCCGAACAUUCCAAGUCUGAGCAACUGCUGAAAUACAACAGUCAACGAUUUUUAGAUGCCAGCAGUGUAAAUUCCAGGAAAAACAGUGCAGAUUCUGCCUAUUCAAACUCCGCCAAUAGUUACUAUUCUGUAACGGGGGUUGAACCGGAAAAAGAUUUUGUAGUACCGAGAUUACCCCCGUCCCGAUCCGAAGACACGCUGAUCGUGGACAAGAAAAAGGUGGCGGAGCAAACGAGUAGCAGUAAAAAACGACCUCCGACGAUGUACUCCAGCUAUUCGGCAACAUCCAGCCCCCUGUUGAACGUUCGCACUCCCUUCGUAGCAACGAUCGCGUCCGUCACCAAAACAACCACCGGUGAGGACGUGGAAAACCGUGUCAGUAACGCUCCGUCAUUGAAAGUAAUCACCAAAAAGCCUCGCGAACAGACACUGAAAACACUCAACCAAAUCGAACCCGACUAUGAACCUAUCGUCACGACUUACUUGAAACCGACGCUAACCGCCCUGCAGAAUGAAGCAAAAGGUUACCAGGGCGCUGCUCUACACAUCACCGAGGAAUCGCCCAAACAUCUCCAGCAGCUUCCCCCCGAUGUAUUGAACCAUCGAGCGAUAACAGAACCGACCAUUCCGGACCUUGCUCAAUCCUCCCAACGGCGUCCAAUUCAGCCGGCCCCCGUCGUGCUGCAACCAAAACCAGUCGAAGCGAGUAACAGCAGUGAAACAAAACCACCAACCGAAUCGACAGUCGCCGGUUCCUCCGCUUCCAACAGCACAGCCGCGACUACAACACCACUAAUCACCAGUAUAGUUCAGGUGUACGCCGCCUACGAAACGGGACUGCCGAGUGGGACUUCGCUGAAACUACGAGUCACUCAGAAAACGACGGCUCGCGAAGUUAUCGAUCUGGUCGUGAAGCAGCUCAACAUGGCAGUCGUGCUGAAAGGCAAGGAAGGUCCGAUCUAUGCAGCCGAAAAGUUGGACAACUUCUGUCUGGUGGCGGUGAUCGGGGCUCGCGAACGCUGCCUCCGGGAUGAUUUUCGUCCACUGCAGCUACAGAAUCCCUGGAAGAAGGGUCGCCUGUACGUGCGGCAGAAGCAUGAUCUCCUAGCUGCGAUCGAGCAUUCCAACCGCGAUACCGCGGAAAUUUAGUGAUAUCCGUCAACCGAUCUGUGUGUAUGUUUGUGAUUGUGUUUCGUCUCUGUACAAAUAGGUUACUGUCUCUACCCCGGAUUUUUUUUUUCGUUAGUAAUAACAACUAGACAAAUAAACAAAUGAGACAACAAUGAAAGACACCGAUGUGAUAGAACUUGUUUUUGUAAGUAACAGAAUUAAGAAAGGUAGUCUAGUGUCAAUCGUCAGUUAUCUUUUUGGAACCCGCUGACGAUUGGCAAUCGGUUUGUAUUCGUUACAGAUUAGUAGACAUUUUUAAAAAGAAUUAACUUAAUAAUAGGUCGAAUGUAAGACAACCAACAGUUCCGUAUCGAAUGUUUAAUAAGUAUGUGGUAAACUGUAAAUUGAAAGCAUAGGUGAACCGACCGUUGAAGUAGAUACCAAAAAUAUACGAGUCAACUAAAUUGACUUUUAAUGAUAGAUUUAUAACAGUAAAAAUCAUUAGACAAAGGGAAAUUCCGUUCAAACAGCAGCAGAGUUUUAUUCCGUGUUUACAUGCCAUGCAGAUAUCGAAACAGUUCUAGCUGUAGUUGUACUACAUCGUAACAUGAAAACAAAGCAAACAAAAAGAGUAUUGUUAUAGUUUAGAAACAAUUUUAAAAAUCAUAUAUGUAUGACAUGUUUCCCACUAUAUAUAAUUCAAUUGUAACAAAAAAAAUAGACUUCGUAAGUUUGAUUACGAGCGUUACGAUUCGAGAGUAAAACUGAAUUAAGCAAGUUAUUAAGCGAAACUAACAGAAUCUUAUGAUGUAAUUAAAUCAAAAGAAUUUACCAAUUCCUUCGUCGUCAAAGAAUCAAUUAAAAUACAAACAGAAUAAAUGUCAGAAGAUUGAGAGUAACACUCACAUCGAGCUUAUCCCUCCAUAAAAGCGAUAGGAAUGGAAAAAAACAAGCAUAGAAUUGAUAUAUCUAAAUCCUCCGUUGAUUCCUUGGUAGAACUAAAAACAAAAGAGCUAAGUAACAGUAAUGAAGACAACGUUUUAUCAUCAGUGUAGCAUGGAGUAUGACACACAAUGGAACGGGAAAUUAUAUAUGGUUUAAAUACAAAAAAGGAACAUAGUUUGUAAGAAAAGAUGCUAGAAUACGCGAACAUCUGCAGCUAAAAUAUUCGAUAUUACACACAAAAAUCAUAGUAAUAAAAUCCCAAUAGAAUGUACCUUUGAAGUCUAUAGGAUUGUGCACCAGAGAUUCUCUAAUACAUGUUGAACAAAAAUUAAA